AUGAAGGAUCUGCUUGAAAACGGAAUUCAAGGGAAGAUGGUUGUCAUGCGCUGUGUUGUAUGUGAUGCGCCUGCCAAGGCAAUGGUCAAAGCAACAAAACUGUGCACAGGAUACUAUGGAUGUGACAAAUGUGUACAGAAAGGGACAUGGGAAGACGGCCGUGUAACAUACCCUGAUGUCCAAAGCACCCUGCGAACCAAUGACCUGUUCAGAAGAGAGAUGGCUGUCAAGGAAACUGAGGGCUAUACAGUGUCCCCAUUCCUGCAACUUCCCAUUGAUAUGAUCAAAAUGUUUCCCAUUGAUUACAUGCACCAAGCUUGUUUAGGUGUCAUGAGGAAACUGUUGGUGGAAUGGGCGAGGGGAAGCAGGAAGGAUGAUGUGAACACUUUUGCAAUAAGGCAGUGUAAGCGCCCAAGAAGGUUUGUCUCCGAAUCCUCUGAUGAUGAUGAUUCUGCUCCAGUGGUAGCAGCAACCAAGAAGCAACCCAAGACUCUGACUGUGCCUGGAAGCCCUGUGUGUCGGCAGGACCCAAUGCCCCUACCACCACAAUGGUCAACACCAGCCGGGACUGGAGCCAGUCCUCACCACCCUAGCCCAAGUCCUGUUGACCCUGUUCAAGCCAGCAGCCGGGCGCUUCAUGACGGACAGGGUGUUUCGGCUGUCGCAGCCAUGUUUGAGAGAAUCACAGAGGCCCACAUGAGUCGCUUGAUGCGGAGGAUCGAGGCUAGGUUUGACAAGAUCGAGUCAUUGGUGGAGACCAAUGCCCCGACACACACGCCUCAACUCCAGCAAGAAGAUGUGGUGUUGGCUAAACCAUGCAGCACGGUGAUGGAGCUGCUGGAGUUGGAUAGGAGUCUGGAACAACCAGACAAGAGGAACAAGAUGCAACAUUUUCUUGAAACUGUCGGAGGGGCAGGUUUAGGGGCAGCCAUUCGCCGUAUGCUACGCCGAGUGGCAAAUAAUAAGGUACUCGCCCAGUACAGCUUGCGGGGCAGACAGGCCAAAAUGUCCUUUGAUGACCUCAUUCUGUGCAAGAUUAUAAAGGCUGCAUGUGUCAAAAAAUUUCCCGGCCAUACGGAAGCUGAAGUGGAGGAAUUGCCUUGGAUCAGCUGGUCAGCAGCAAUGGAUGGACAAUUGAAUUGUGAACAGUGA